AGCUACUGAGAAAGCCUCAGUCAGCCAUGUAUUUAGAAAAAACAUAAAUAAUCUUUAGCAAUUGGAAAAGUGUUAAAUUUUUUGAAACAAGACUUUCUUAAUAAUAAUAAAUUCUACUUAUUAUAUUAAAUGUUGGGAAGUUUUAUUGAUAACAUCACGCGCUUAUGAGUUUAUGUGAAACAAGUAAUAAAGAUUGUUUAUAAAAGAAUAAACAAAAAUAUGUAAUUUUACAAGCAAUCGUUUUUGUUAUUGAAUGAAAACUUAAAAAAAUAUUUACUUGUUGAUUCGGCGUCACAACUUGUUUAACAUUGCCUUGUAUAGGUUCCUUAGUGUUUAAGUAUCUUUAUUUUAUGUUUAUGGUAUGGCAAAUGAUUAUAAAGUAAACGGUUUUCAAAAAUCAAAAGUACGAUUUUCAGAUGACGAAGAAAUUAAAAUUGAUAGUGAAAAUGAAAACGAAAGACUGGUUGGAAAAACUCGAUCUUUGUCUUAUGUUCGGCCUCGAAUGGCUUCUGUCUUUUUCAUGGUUGAUUCGAGUUUUGCAGGUGGGAUUAUCAGUCGAUCAAAUUACAUGACUCGAUGUUUUAUGUAUGCAUGGGAAAAAAACAAAGGUGACAUAACUCGCUUGUACAUGUUACUGUGGAAUGGUGAAUCCUCUAGACAAACAAUGUGGAAAGCUGUUUUGGGUUUACUGUUACAGUUUUUAGUGGCGCUUAUUCCUGUUUUUUUAUUUUUCAAAAAUUUCCAAAUACCGUCAAUUAAAUGGAUUUUCUUUUUUGUAGAACUGUUAUCUUUAGCUUGGCAUGUGUUUGUUGGAUCUGUUUUAAUACAUAACAAACGUUAUUGGGAAAUGUCAUGGUUUACUUUUAAAGUACCAUUAGGGACUAUUGGUUUAGUCGAUUCAGGUGUAUCUAACGAAUUAACGCUUUUCCACUCCAGCGCAAAUAUACGUUUUACAAAGACUAGUUAUUCUGAGAUAUGGAGAUUACAUACUUUAUCUUAUACAGAACAGAAUGUUAUAAAAGAAAACAUGAAGCAGAGAGGUUUAGAUGAAUGCGAAAUUAUUCUUUACACUGAUAGUUUUAUUAAUUGUUAUAGUACUUGGGCUAUAAAAAUGGCAAGUGCAUUGUUUCUAUGUUCUUGCGUUGGUUUCAUAAUUGUCUUAAAAUUUUGUAUACAAUAAAAAUGAAUUUUUGACAAAAAAAAAACACUUUUGUUAUAGCUCUUGAAACGAUUUUUGGACAUAAAAAAUAUUUAUUAAAAAUUGAAAUAUUGUUGAAUGUUAGCAUUUUUAAACAUUACAUUAUU